AUGGAUCCCAAUACUGCCAUAUCGCACGCAUCGACGCUCAUCGCGAGAGCAGAUAGUACUGGCCGCCCGCCAAUUUACAAAGCGGUCGGUAUUUCGCUGGCUGUCGCAUCGGGCGUCUUUAUCGGUAUUUCUUUUGUGAUUAAAAAAAUCGGUCUAUUGAAAGCGAACGUCAAAUACAAUGAGGAAGCUGGAGAGGGAUAUGGAUACUUGAAGAAUUUCUGGUGGUGGAUGGGCAUGACGCUGAUGAUUGUUGGAGAAAUCUGCAAUUUUGUCGCCUAUGCAUUCGUCGAUGCCAUCUUGGUGACACCGCUUGGUGCGCUAUCGGUUGUGAUUACGACGAUUUUAUCGGCUAUCUUCCUCAAAGAACGACUCAGUUUCGUUGGGAAGGUAGGUUGUUUCUGUUGUAUUAUCGGAUCGGUCACUAUUGCUAUGAAUGCUCCUGAGCAGUCCUCCGUGGAAGACAUACAGAGCAUGCAGCAUUUUGUGAUUCAGCCUGGAUUCCUGGUCUAUGCCGGACUGAUCAUCGUAGGCGCUGUUUUUACGGCGCUCUGGGCUGGACCACGGUAUGGCAAGACGAGCAUGUUUGUCUAUAUUAGUAUCUGCAGCAUGGUCGGUGGAUUAAGUGUUGUUGCUACCCAGGGCUUGGGCUCUGCGAUUCUCGCCCAGAUCAAUGGCGAGGAGCAGUUCAAGCAUUGGUUCCUUUACGUCUUGUUUGUCUUCGUUAUUGGAACACUGCUGACUGAGAUUAUCUAUCUCAAUAAAGCGCUGAAUCUUUUCAAUGCCGCUCUGGUCACUCCGACUUACUACGUGAUGUUCACCACCGCCACCAUUAUUACCUCGGCCAUUUUAUUCCAGGGCUUCAAGGGCACGGCAGUCCAGAUCACAACUGUGAUCAUCGGAUUCCUUCAAAUUUGUGCCGGUGUGGUUCUGCUACAGCUAUCCAAGUCUGCCAAGGACAUUCCCGACGCUGCAGUGUUCAAGGGUGAUUUGGAUCAGAUUCGAGAAGUUGCUACAGUUGAAGAGCCCGAAUUUGAGCCCAAGGCGGACUCCAUUCGUGGAGCAGCAUCUAUUAUUCGUCGCAUCUCGACUGCUCGUCGCACUAUGGAGUCAGAUGAAGCUCGCCGUUUCUUCCAUGACAAGCAUGCGGAUACUCUGAAGCCACCCAGCGAGAAUGAGAUCAUCGAAUGGGAUGGCCUGCGCCGGCGCAAGACUGUCAUUGGUGAAGGGCCAACCAUGUCACGACCCAUCACUCCGCGAACACCAUCUUUCAAGCAACAACAUCCUCCCUGGGGCAUGUCCCACUUCCCUGCUUCCGAGAAUGAAGAGGAACUUAGGCCCACGACGAAGCAAAGCGGUCAUUCAUUCAUGGAUGAUAUCCGGUCUCGGACUGCCAGCGUGCUUCAUCCGUCUCAAUGGAAGGCUGUCAAUACACAAGACGAGAAGCAUUAUGAGGCAAACACACAACCAGCUGAUAUGGCAGACGUGCCUCACCAAGGCAUGCCAGAUACCGAAUACCACGGCGCUGGAGGUUUAGAACCUCCCUUUAACCCGAACCGCCCACGAAGCGACACCCCCCGAUCCGUCUCCUGGAUUGAUGAAAAGUCCGACAGCCUAGCCCCCUCGCCGCGACCAAAUACAGCGCGCCGCCAAUUUUCCUUCAACAACAUGGUCAACCGCAUGAAAUCGGGCGGUGAAUCUUCCGUCAAACCGACACCAGGCUCACCCCGCGGCAUCCUGCGCCGCACGCACCACGGUGACUUCCGCAAAUCUGCAACAGAAGAAGAGUCCCUGGGUCUCGUGCACGGAGACUCUCGCGCCUCCCAAGCGGAAGAAGAACCUCUCAACGAAAAGAUUGAGCGCUGGUCCAGCAGCGAGUCCGAGCUCGGCGAGCCUCAACCCAUGUUUGGCCGCCCACACAAAACAUCCGUCUCGAGCAUGUCGACUGCUGCAUUCCCCGCCUACGAAGAUAACCACCACACCUUUGAAUCAAACCCCUACUACGUCUCGAACCAAACCACAUCCGCGGACCAAGACUGGCAGCACAAAGAUAGCGGACGAACUCGCACACGCACGAACUCUAAUCGUGCUCCCCCGCCUGCUCACUCUUCUUUCUCUACACACCGUUAUCCAAAUCCGCUUCCACCUCUCCCCGAUAUCACGCCUACUGCUUCACUAGACCUUGCGCCUUUCACCACCUCUGGUAUGAGAAACGUCUCCGAGGACUCGGGGACGGGCAUUACGUCUCUCUCUUCGGAAGAGACAGAAGCUCCCGAGAACCCGCCUGCUCCGGUCCGGAGACAGAGUGGCUGGCGUAGACAUCUGUCUCAUGACAGCCAUGACGGUGAGGGGUAUGGUGCUGAGCGGAGAGGCUCGUUCCGCUGA